UACAAUCAGUUACAGACUUUACAGUCCAAAAUCCGGGUUAGUUAUUACUGAUUACACAUCUUCUGCAAUUCAAUGUUUGACUUUGAAAGAUAAUAUUAAUCAUUGAUUAUUAAUUAAGUUUAUUUUUUACGUGGAGACGUGCAGUUUGUAGAGGUUAUAACACCUAAAAAGUGAUUUUUUUCUUGAAAUAUUAAAAUUUCUCUCUAUCUACCAAAGGUUAAGGUUAACUUAUAGCUAUUAUUAUAUAUUAGUUGUCAAAAUGGCAAUUUUUUUAAGAUCAUCAGUGUCUAAAUCGAAAUUGGUUUUUUCACUAUCAAAAAUUAUAACACCUGUAACUUCAAUGAAGCUGUCCACAUGUAACUUAGAGUACAUAAUUACUGAAAAAGUUGGCGAGAAACAAAAUGUUGGCCUUGUCAAACUUAAUAGACCUAAGGCUUUGAAUGCAUUAUGUGAUGGUUUGGUCACAGAACUAACUGAAGCCGUAUCUGCUUAUGACGCUGAUGAUUCAAUUGGAGCUAUUGUUGUUACUGGUAGUGAACGUGCAUUUGCGGCUGGUGCUGAUAUCAAGGAAAUGCUUGACAAGACUUAUUCAACUAACCUAAAAAUUGGCUUACUUAAACAAUGGGACAAUCUGAGUAAAUGCAAGAAACCAGUUAUUGCUGCUGUUAAUGGUUUUGCUCUAGGUGGCGGAUGUGAAUUAGCAAUGAUGUGCGACAUAAUCUAUGCUGGAGAAAAAGCUAAAUUUGGCCAACCCGAGAUUGUGAUUGGAACAAUUCCUGGAGCUGGUGGUACUCAGCGUAUGAUACGUUCUUGUGGUAAAAGCUUUGCAAUGGAAGUAUGUUUAUCUGGAAACCAAAUUUCUGCCCAAGAAGCUUUAGCUAGAGGAUUAGUUAGUAAGGUGUUUCCACCCGAAAAUUUAGUAGACGAGGCUAUUAAAUUAGCUGAAAAAAUAAGUGAUCAUUCGCCUUUAAUUGUUGCAUUAUGUAAAGAAUCUGUAAAUUAUGCAUAUGAAUCAAGUUUAAGCCAAGGUUUACAAUUUGAGAAGAAGUCAUUCUAUGGAACUUUUGCAACAGAUGACCGGAAGGAAGGGAUGACGGCGUUCGUUGAAAAAAGGAAACCAAACUUUUCUAAUAAUUAAUUUUAAAUAUAAUUCUAUUAUAUAGUAUUCAGUACUAUUGUUUUUAGUGUUUUUACAUUUAAAUUUUAAUAUAUCUAUUGUUAAUUUGUAUACACAAUAUAUUUAUUAUCUUUGUUCAGUGUUUAUAUCAAACUAUUAUCACUAAAUAUGAAGAAAAAUUAAAAUAGAUGUUAUUUGUAAGGGAAAUUUAGUUAGCUGUGAACUACUUGUGAUGUUAAUAAUACCUACAAUAAGAUAAUAAAAUAUUUAAAAAAAAGUUUGUUGUACCCUACUGAUGAUAAUGUUAUUUUGAAAUUUUAAUU